UAUUAUUAUUCGUGUAAUUUACAUAUGAAUGUAAAAACUUGUUUUGUUAUUUUUUUUACACGUAACCUUAUAUAAGGUGAGUGAAAUAUGUUAGACAAAUAUGUAUUGUAGUACAUUAAGUGAUUUUAAGAUUGAUUUCUGUCUCCUGGUCUGUUUAUAUCCCAAUUUGUUGGAUUUGUGUUUACCACAGCUUCUUUGACAUGUAGGGGAACUGGACUGGGUCGAUCGUCAGCGAUCAGAUAGCUCUAUUGGUACCCCAGUCUGGGAGGGUCCUGUGUUUUUACCCCAGUCUGGGUUGGUCCUGUGUUCGUACCCCAGUCAUGCCAUGGAAGGGUCCUGUGUUCGUACCCCAGUCUGGUUGUGAGAGGGUCCUGUGUUCGUACCUCAGUCUGGCCAUGGGAGGGUCCUGUGUUCGUACCUCAGUCUGGCCAUGGGAGGGUCCUGUGUUUGUACCCCAGUCUGGUUGUGGGAGGGUCCUGUGUUCGUACCUCAGUCUGGUUCUAGGAGGGUCCUGUGUUCGUACAUCAGUCUGGUUGUGGGAGGGUCCUGUGUUCGUACCUCAGUCUGGUUGUGGGACGGUCCUGUAUUCGUACCUCAGUCUGGUUGUGGGAGGGUCCUGUGUUCGUACCUCAGUCUGGUUGUGGGAGGGUACUGUGUUCGUACCUCAGUCUGGUUGCGGGAGGGUCCUGUGUUCGUACCUCAGUCUGGCCAUGGGAAGGUCCUGUGUUCGUACGCCAGUCUGGUUGUGGGAGGGUCCUGUGUUUGUACCUCAGUCUGGUUGUGGGAGGGUACUGUGUUCAUACCUCAGUCUGGUUGUGGGAUGGUCCUGUGUUCGUACCCCAGUCUGGUUGUGGGAGGGUCCUGUGUUUGUACCUAAGUCUGGUUGUGGGAGGGUCCUGUGUUCGUACCCCAGUCUGGCCGUGGGAGGGUCCUGUAUUCGUACCCCAGUCUGGCCGUGGGAGGGUCCUGUAUUGGUACCCCAGUCUGGCCGUAGGAGGGUCCUGUGUUCGUACCCCAGUCUGGAUGAGGGAGGGUCCUUGGUUGGUACCCCAGUCUGGCCGUUGCCUUUCUCCUGUUACAUAUUCCUGACAUGGUAUGUGGCCGUUGCCUUUAUCCAGUUACACCUACCUGACAUGGUUUGUGAUGCUUUCUUUGCUACACACAUGUAUUGGUUGUGUUUACAUUAGUUCAUGAGACUGAACAGGAAUCCUUUAUGGGCAUUAGUUCAGUAGAAAACAUCAGUAAACUGUAUAGGAAAUAUUUUUGAAAUUCAUGUUACAUGUGUAUCAUUUAUAUCAUUCCAAAUUAGAUUAGGUAAUUUUGUGCCAAUGUUUAAUUUCUUCUUUUUAUCCUUUUUGGGUUUUUUGGCUUUUUUCCAAUAAAAUGU